CGGGAACUCCCCCUAAGUUCCCCGGUUCUCCUCUCUCUGCUCAUUCUCUCCGUGAGCUGUCACACUCACGUAUUCCCACCCCACACACACAUUCACAUUCACACACACACACACACACCGAGCGUGUUGAAGCAAACCUCCGUUUCUCUCUGCUGUUCCCUCGGUUACCGACACAAGACAAAAAAAAGCGGCUGUUUGAUUUCGCAGUCUGCGUCGAGCCUCGUCGUGACAGAGUUUGGAGACGGCUGGAGGAGGAGGAGGUGGAGGAGGAGGGCUGGAGGAGAACAAGAAGGUGGUGUACCCCUGUCAGAAACACAACCUCCCUGUGACACAUGGGUGACUGUGGGAGACGGAAGGGGUGAGGGAGACUACGAGGGCGAGAGACGUCCCGACACACACUCAUCGAGAGCAAGAGGCAGUUGGCCAUCUGUGGUCGGUCCCCUGCUAUUCUGCAGCUGUGUUGGAGUCAGCGAAUGGUGCUCCGCUCUGCUAGGAGAAGAGGGCUCCUUCCUACAUCUCAUUACCCAGGGGAUGAGCCAAGGCUAGGGCAAUGUUAAGGUCUCACUGGCCUCGAUUCAAGCCCCUGGGGCUGCUUCUGUGGAGGGAUGGGUGAUACCCCAGCUGGAUCUUCCGCUGUCACCGUUCUCCAUGGCUAUCAUUAGUGGCUAAUGAGCUGCUGCUGGAGAGGAAACGGAGAAGGUGCCUGUGGAGAGAGGAGGAACCUUACAGCUGUUAUUAAGAGGCCCAGACAAGGACUUUUUGCCUCUGCAAGAGAAUUGAGCUUUGAAAGCAUGAAAGGAUAUCAACUUUGGAAUACUUUGUUUUAUGUAUUUCUGUUCAGGUUUUGAUUGACAAUUUUUUGUUCUUGUUUCUGAUUUGCGUCUGUGAAAAAUGUCACCAUGCAUUUGAAAGACGUGUUUUUUCAAGAUGAUACAGUAUUUGGACGUCAUUUUUCUUCUUUUUCUCUUAACUGAAGGAUUUUCAGCAAAGUAUUUUCAUCCAGCAAGAUUUUUUUCUUGAAGUUCUUUUGAAAUAGUUUUACACUUUGAUAUUAUUUUGACCUUCCUAUGCUCUGAGGAAUAUUGUUCACCAUGGCAGCAGCCUAUCGUGUAGUUGUGAGCAGUGUGAGCUGCUACAACAGUGUGGUAGUGGACCGGCGCACUCACUCCCACGCUGUGCACUACUGCUCGGGGCCAUGUGGGGCGCUGUCCCAGGGCUUAGACUGUACUGUCGCACAUCGUGGCACUUGCUCCGAGUUGGUGGUUGCACCUGACCCUGCAUACAAUGACCUCAACAGCUCACCAAUCCACUCCCGCAACAUAAUCUCUCAGCAACAUUCUAACCAUGCUAAACUUUGUGUUUCCAUGGAUACUACCCAUAAUGGCGGUUUGGAGAGAGCAGGCAGCAGUGGCAAUUUGUCUUUAGGGGAGGACAGCCCCACGUGGCGUGGUAAAAAAAACCCCAGUGCAGUCGGAUCAACUGGGAACUUGAGCUCCACUGGCAGUCUGAAGGACAUUACCGAAGAAGCCAUCAACCUGGCCAGUGGAAAGCUCAAGGAGUUUUCUUUUGACAAGUUGCGGCUCUCCUCUUCCAGCCACGUCACUUUCCGGAAAGGUCGCAAGGUCCGUCCUGACUCUUUUAGCCGUCGCUCCACUGAUCUGGAGAUCAUCUAUGGCCACUUCAGCUCCAACCUUACCACAAACACAACAACUAAUGGCAUGACAAAUGGCAUGGGUAGUUCUAAUGAUGAGAAUCUGCCACCGUUUGUGCUAGGCAAAGGAGCAGGGCUGGAGGAGACAAAGCUAAAGGCGAGCACAAGCAGCUUGUCAUCCAUCACCAAAGUAGGUGGUGGUUCAACAAACAGCCUCUCAAGUAUUGCGUCAUUGGACCAAAGUCUAAACACAGUGGCCUCCCUGUACCGCAACACCCUGGGAGAGGAGAAUCUAAUUGCUCGUCUGCUGGAGAAGACCCGAGCAGAGGCAGCCAGUGGUGGAGCAGGUGGGGAGGACAUCCGUGCCUGCCUUGACAUCCUGCUUAAAUGUUCUGAAGACCUAAAGAAAUGCACUGACAUCAUCAAGCAGUGCAUCAGACGCAAAGCUGGUGGAGGCCCGGAGGAUGGAUCAGCAAGUCCGGACAGUGUAUAUCGGGCGGUGAUGACCAGACUCAGCUCCUAUCUGAAGAGAUUGCCUCUGGAGCUGGAGGGGAUCGGAGGUUUGGGGGGCAGUGGGCAGGGCGGUCAGGGUGCACCUGGAAGUGGGCACAGUGACCUGGCUGAGCUGGUGAACACUCUUCACUCCAUCCAACAAGGACCUUUCUCUCCAAUUUUUGGCAACGAGCAACCUCCCCGCUAUGAAGAUGUGGUGCAGUCGCCUCCAAUUCCAAAGACCGUUCCACACUCUGCAUCCUCUACUCCUUCUUCUGUCUCGUCUUCUUCCUCACCCUUUAAAUCAGAAUCUCUUCAUACCAAACCGGUCCAGAACUCAGUCCAGCCUAGAGCCACUCCACUCACCAAUGGACUACAACAUCCUUCUUCUAUCACACAACACACUCUCUCUCCCCCAACUAUCUCAUGUUCUUCAUCUAGCUCCUCUCCAACACACUCCCCAUCCCCUCUUCGUAUGUCCCCGACUCCACCAUAUACACACACUCCUCCAGCAUCCCCCAUGGAGGCUCUUUAUAUCGAGGAGGAGGAGGCAGAUGUGGGAAAGACACCAGAACAAAUCACACAGGAGACGCAUACUCCAACUAGAGGUGUUAACACUACCCAGAACAAAAAUGGCAUUAUGUUGGGGCAACACCUGCUCCCUACACAACCACACACACUCCAUAACUCUUCAAAUAGUUUGCCAGCCAGUUCUGGCUACAGCCCUGCUUGGCCUUCAUCUCCCUCACUAACAUCCUCAGCACCAAAAACUGCAUCACACAGGAAUGACGACAUUGACAAGCUGCUGAUGGACUUGGAGAAUCUGUCUCAGAGUAUGAGCCACCCCAGAAACAUAGAGCCUCCACUUCCUGCCAAGACCAGGAAGAGAGAUGGAGGCCAGGGAAUCAUCUCCAGUGACUCCUUUGCUCAGCCCAAAAUGCCACAGUUCCAAGUCCAGAAGCAAGCCAGCCACCUAACCAUGAACGGUCUUAGCUCUAGAACUCCCCAAAGUCUUGCUCCUCCCCAAGUAGAGAGUAAUGAGGCUGUGGUGGGAGAGGAGGAGGAUGGGGCGCUGUUGCUGAGAAUCCUCGAGAGUAUUGAGAGUUUUGCCCAAGAGCUGGUGGACUCUGGUGCAGGGAGCACAGGGAGCGCUGAGAGGAAAUGUGGAAAGGAGCGGGAGGUGAUGAGGCUCUUGCAGGAUACGCUGGCCACCACCGGCAGGCCUGAUACCCCGGUGGAGAUCACAAACCCCCCAGCUGCUCCCACUGCUCCAUCGGUGCACACCGGCGUGGUCCCAGCUUUACCGGCAAAACACACCCUGGCAAAUAAACCUGCAGUUUCACCUUCACUGACACCCAUCCCUGCAAUAUCUGAAACUGAGUUAAUUGCUGCGCCUGAGCCUGCACCUAAACCAACAUGUGAUGCUGCCCCCAAACUUUUCCCUACACCUUCUCCGGGGCCUAUAGCUGAGUCUAUAGAUAAAAUCACAGAGGCCUCCACAGUUGAGGUUGAUGAAGAAUCCAUCCCUGCUCCUGACCCAUCUGCACCAGUAGGCUUGCAUUCCUCCACACAUAUAGAAGAACCCACACCUGUGGUCGCACCUGAACCUCCAGCUGCUGUAGCCAUGAGAGAUGCUGCCGUUGCUGCUGGUGAACCUGCUGCAGUGAGAGACGCUGGAUCAACCCUCCUCAUCCAGCAGACUCCAGAGGUGAUCAGAGUGCAGUCUAAACCAGAAAAGAAACCAGGAACUCCUCCACCUGCCCCAGCUGCGGCCACAGCCACGCCGGUCCCAACACCGCGCUCGCCCAGCCCUCCUCCGGCUCCGGUGAUAGUCACCCCUCCUCCCCCUGCCAUCAACAUUCCCAGGUUCUACUACCCCCGUGGGCUCCCUGCCCUGGGCCCGACUGCCAACCACGAUGCCACCAUCGCUGCCAUCGAGUCGGCCUUCACCGAGUUCGAGGAGGAGAAGGCAGACAUUUACGAAAUGGGCAAGAUCGCCAAGGCAUGCGGGUGUCCACUUUACUGGAAGGCCCCCAUGUUCUACGGAGCAGGUGGUGAGAGGACGGGCUUCGUGUCUGUUCACUCAUUCAUUGCAACCUGGAGGAAGUUGUUGCACAGUUGCCACGAUGAUGCAUCAAGGUUUAUUUCCUUGCUAGCUAAGCCUGGCUGUAACUACCUGGAACAGGAAGACUUCAUUCCUCUACUGCAGGACAUUGUAGAUACGCAUCCCGGACUCACAUUUCUCAAGGAUGCACCUGAAUUCCAUUCACGCUACAUAACAACGGUGAUUCAGCGGAUAUUCUAUGUGGUGAAUCGUUCUUGGACGGGCCGUGUCACUAUGAUGGAGCUGCGCAGGAGCAACUUCCUACAAACCCUGGCGCUGCUGGAAGAGGAGGACGACAUCAAUCAGAUCACCGAUUAUUUCUCCUACGAACACUUCUACGUCAUCUACUGCAAGUUCUGGGAACUGGACACUGACCACGACUUGUAUAUUGAUCCCAAAGACCUGGCGAGAUACAACGACCACGCGUCCUCAAACAGAAUCAUCGAGAGAUUGUUUUCGGGGGCCGUCACUCGGGGUAACGCUGUGCAGAGGGAAGGCAGGAUGAGCUACGCCGAGUUCGUCUGGUUCCUCAUAUCUGAGGAAGACAAGAAAAACCCCACCAGUAUAGAGUACUGGUACCGCUGCAUGGACGUGGAUGGCGACGGCGUUUUGUCCAUGUUUGAGCUGGAGUAUUUCUAUGAGGAGCAGUGUGAGAGGAUGGAGAGGAUGGGCAUUGAACCGCUGCCCUUCCAGGAUUUGCUCUGCCAGAUGCUCGACCUGGUCAAACCAGAGAGCUCAGGUAAGAUAACCCUGGGUGAUCUAAAGCGAUGCCGGAUGGCUCACAUAUUCUUUGACACGUUCUUCAACCUGGAGAAAUACCUGGACCACGAACAGAGAGAUCCAUUUGCUGUGCAAAAGGAUAUUGAUACUGAAGGUCCAGAGCCAUCUGACUGGGAUAAAUAUGCCUCAGAGGAGUAUGAGAUACUGGUGGCGGAGGAGACUGCAAAUGAACAGCUACAUGAAGGGUCCUUUGAUGAUGAUUAUGAAUCUGAAGAACUUCAAGUCCCAGGAGAGAUUGGGAAUAAAAUGGAAAAACUGGUCAUAUCAGACCUGUCAGCAUAAAACUCUUUCCCUGGAACUCCUGAGCUUUUUUCUCUGGAAAACGGACAGAAACCCCAGCGAUGGAAGAUCCACUGGGAUACAUGCAUUCAAGAAUGCAUGGACAUAAAGACGGAAAGAGAAAAGGACUCCCACAUCUGUCUUACGAUGACUCUGGACUUCCCUCAGAAUGGAGGGGUUUUAUUUUGUGUGUGUGUGUGUGUGUGUGACCGUAAAGCAUAACUGUUCUGUGUUUGGUGCAGAAACGCGUCUGUAUUCACACAGAAAACAAAUCACUGCCUCCACUGAUUCACUCCACGAGAGAGAACUAAGCCAGUGAUUUUUUUUGGGGGGGGGGCCUGUUUGAUUAGCUCUCAAAGGAAUCGAGAAAGAUACUUUACUGUAUAAUAAUGUAGUUAUGAUUAUGAAUUCUCUACUGACAAUCCUGCCAGAAGACAAUCUUUUUAUUUUUUAAUGUUGCUGUGCUAAAGGUAGACUGACAGGUUGGCUGUCAGUGACACAAAUGGACUCCUAUUUGGAGAAAAACAGGCAGACGCAAAGAGAUAAUGACAGCGACAGGCACUGCCAUUGAAGAUCCACAAUCACCAAACAAGCAGCUGCUCAGAUAGAUGACACACAGACAGACACUGCCUUCAGAAACCUGCUGCUGCCCGUGCAGCUUGUCACUGUGUUUCUUGUAAAGGAAGUUGUGAAACCUCUAGUCCCUUCAGGGAGAGGUCAGCGGUCGUAACAGCACCUCCUCUCUGUGGCCAGUCUGUGCUACUGCAUGCCAUCAGUGGCGCGUGUGGUGCAUGAUGGGCUGCUGACGUUUCCAUGAGCCUGAGCUGCUCUAUUAUUAGUGCGGUAUUAUCAGAGCUCUCUCUGCCUACACGGACUGUAAUGUUCAAGCCCUCUGUUACAAGGUUUUUAAUUCACAGUCAGGUAAAGAUUUGACAUAUGCACAUUAACUGAUUCAGGCUGCCAGUCAUAUCAAGCUCUCUGGUAGAGUUGCCCAAACAUUUCCACCUGUAACAUUUGUGAUAAUGCAAUAGAUGUGCCUACGCUCUGUGAGUCACUCCUGUCUUUCUCAUGCAAAGUCACGCUGUGUGUUUUCUCUGCGUCCUUGUGAUUUUCUUUUUGUCAAACCUGUAUUUUUACAUAUUUAACGAGCAGAAGUGCAGAAUAGAAACACGAGACAAAGGUACACGGACAUAGUAAGUUACACAGGGAGCUGGGUAUUAUGGGAUAAUGUUAAUUAUCCAUCCAUUCUCUAUACACCGCUUUAUCCUCACUAGGGUCGCGGGGGGUGCUGGAGCCUAUCCCAGCUGACUCGAGCGAAGGCAGGGGACACCCUGGACAGGUUGCUAGUCUGUCGCAGGGCUACAUAUACAGACAAACAAUCACACUCACAUUCAUACCUACGGGCAAUUUAGAAUAGUCAAUUAACCUCAGCAUAUUUUUUGGACUGUGGGAGGAAGCCGGAGUGCCCGGAGAAAAGCCACACAUGCACAGGGAGAACAUGUAAACUCCAUGCAGAAAGAUUCCAGGCCCAGGCUGGGAUUUGAACCGGGGAUCUUCUUGCUGCAAGGCGAAAGUGCUAACCACUAGGCCACUGUGCAGCCCAUAAUGUUAAUUAUUUGAACAAAAAGUAAUUGGUGUCCAUUUCAUCCCGUCUUUCUGCACAUGAAGCAUCUUUACAGUGUUUUCUCACAUACUUGUUGAGUGUGUAGAGAGCCUGGUUUAUUUGUUGUAGUCAUUUAUGUAAAAAAGAAAAGUCGUUUUUCUGCUUAUCAGCUUACAUUUCAUUAUCAUAUGUCAUUUGUUUAUGAAGUUGUGUGACGUCCAUCGUCCCUGUAGCACACGCUACAGGAUGCCUCUCAAUGGGUCACCUGAACUUAUAAAGAAAAAAAAACUUUAGUGGUAUUCUUCUGGCAAAAAAAUUGGGAUUUUUUUGGGGGGUCUAUUUUCUGAAUAAUGCGCCAUUUCAGCCUGAAUCCUGCUACAGUGGAAGUGAAUGCAAUUUUGUUUGUGGCUCCUCUCUGAAACCAUGUUACCCAAACAAACCACAGAACACACGGUGAAGCAUCUCUGUAGAAGUAGUCCUGACAGUAGAGUUUGUUCAUACACCAGACUUGACAAAACACUGUUCCUGCUGAAUUUUUCAAGUAGUUUUUUUGACCACAAAUAAAUUUCCGUUCUCCUCUGUAUUGAGAUCGAGGCAGAAAUCUUUCAGGCUUGUAAAUAAAAUAAAAGCCAAACAUUUUUGCAUGGUUGGAUACCACUAUGUCAUUUAUUUUUAGAACUGGGUGAACCCUACAGCUCCGUUAUUUACUGUACUGCACUCAAAAGAGACAGGUGCAUGUGUGUAUACUGCCUUUACUGUAAUAGCUAGGAGUGUGUGUUUGCUUAUAAGUCACUGAUAGAUGAGUGUGUUUUAGCAGCCUGUGUUGUGUAGCUCUCCUGGUUUCGGGUUGUUUAUAAGUUGUUGCCAUGGGGAUCAGUGUGUGUUUGAGCGCUUGUAUAAUUCUGUAAUAAGGAAUGGGACAGCUCUUGUCCUCAGUGGCUUCAUAUUCACAGGCAUAUACCUCCUCUACUGGCACUUACUGUACACAGACACACACAUCAUUAUAUAGUUGCUAUUGAAAGGAAGAAAGAGAGUUUGCACCCCAUCAGUGUAUUAAACUACAUUAUGAUAAUAUUAACAGUGAUAAUAAGCCAUUCUAGAUAGAAAUGACUGAUUUUUGAUGUAUUUUGAGGGUUUGUAUUGCUGUGCCACUGUGUGGCUCGGGAAAGGGGGGUAAAUUAUGUUAGACGUGUGUAUGUUUGUGUGUUAGAUGCACGGUGGGUGAAAUCUGUCUUUCUCUGCCCGACCCGACAAUCACAAAACUAUGUAAGAUACAGAAACCUUUGACGCUUCACUGCUGUGGUCACACACACACACUCGCACUGUCAAGGAGACCUGUUCACCCAGACAGUACUUAAAAAAGGACUAUUGAAGUCGAUGGGACGUCUCUGGCUGAUAACUUUUUUGGUUCUAUGCAAAGUAUCCUGAAGCAUCAGGCGAGGAGAGAAGCCAUGCAAGACUUUUAUUUUGGAAUUACAUCUUUACUCGGAGAGGUAGGGAAGAGACUAUUUUUUGACGUACUUCCUCCGUGCAGAGGAAACUGGAGAAAGCUGAGAUGUCAUGCGAAUUCUGAUGAUCAUUGUAUUGGCAUGGUUUUCUUUCUUUCUUUCUUUCUUUCUUUCUUUCUCUUUCUUUCUUUCUUUCUUUCUUUCUUUCUUUCUUUCUCCUGUAAUCUGUUGCUUUUGUCUGAAGUUUAAAAGUUUCAAUAAAGAUGUUUCAAACAAAUAUAAACCCUUCUUGAACAUUUGUUGUGUUUUCGAGGCUUUUCGACUGUAUUCUUUGUGCUCCUUCUCCCUCAGGCACAGACACACAUCUCACCCACACAUACGUACGUCAUCAUUCCCUCCUUGUGUACACAAACUGUGUAGUGUAAGUGUGUUUGUGUAUGUUGCUGCUCUACAGAGUGUACUUCACAGUCUCUCCCUCUUUGGCAUUCUGACCUUUUUACCUGAAGGCCAGAAGCUCUGACAUUUCAACUUCUGUACGUGCAUUAAAAAAUGUGCUUUGAAAUUAAAAAAAAA